UUGAAUCCUGAAGCACAAAGGUAUAAGAGUUCCCAACACUGCCCGGGACCACUUGAGACGCUGAUGAAGGAGAGGUCUUCAGAGCCUUGCUUCCAUCCAGAAAGUCCAUCACAACCUGAUCCAGGAGGAAGCUAAGCCUGGUGACUUCACUGGGUCUCCUGAAAACACCAGAGCUGGCUGGCUUCUAGUUUAGAAAUGUAUGUGUCCAUUCAGACUAUUAAACUGUUGAGCGUGCUGUAGUAACCUCUCUGGUCUGGUCCAGUGGAUUUUCAGAUUACAGGUCCAGGAGAAACCAGAAGUUUCAAAGACAAAAUUAACAAGGACUCAGCUCCUUGGAGCCAAGGCGUCUGCAGCGCAGCUUCAGGAGAGCAGGAAGAUGGCAUCCAAAGGCUGGUGCUUUUUCCUCCUGCUGAGUUGGGUAGCCAGACCUAAAGCCCACGGUGAUAUCUGGAGACCCAGCUGUGCUCCUGGAUGGUUUUACUACAAAUCCAAUUGCUAUGGAUACUUCUGGAGGCCGAGGACCUGGUUUGAUGCUGAGAUUGAGUGUCAAUCAUAUGGAUAUGGAACCCAUCUGGCAUCUGUCCUGAGUCAUAAGGAAGCCAGCGUCAUAUCAAAGUACAUAAGUGGCUAUCAAAGAAACCAGCCCGUAUGGAUUGGCCUGCAUGAUCCACAGCAGAAGGAACUAUGGCAGUGGCUUGAUGGAACCCCAUACCUGAAGGGGUUCUUGAAUAAUGGGACUUCUGGUGAGCACAAGCACUGUGCUGAGAUGAGCUACAAAAAAAAGUUUUUAGCUUGGAACAAAAAUGACUGCAAUAAACUCCAGCACUUCCUGUGCAAAUAUCAACCAUAGAGCAAGAAUCAAGAUUCUGCUAAUCCUUGGGCCACUUUUCCAGAAAGUAAAUGCAGCAGAAAGGAAUGAUGAGGCUUCUGUUUUACUGACUUCUAUAGGUUUAGAGAAAAUCUCUCAGCAUUGGUAUGCUAGUGACUUGUGAUGUUUUCACCUCACAAUUAUUUCUACCACAUACUUUCCUCCACCUAUCCCUGCUGUCUCAAGAAGACUAGAAGUGCAUGCCACUGACGAAAAACAGCUGUGUUUUAGCCAUAGGCGUAAAGGUGUGAAGGCAGGAAGUAGAAACGCAAGAAUGAGUUUCUACUCCUGUCCACUUCUGCACCUUCUGCCUUCUCUCCAUUGCUCGCAUCCUCCCCCUCAGCUAUUUGUCAGCACCUCCUUUGGCCAUGGGAAUAUUCACCAAUAGAGUCCCUAUUAGACUUACAAUAAAUAAUCAUAUCCUCUGGA